UACUGUGUGAGCUGUGAUUGGUCAAUGCUUGUCACAUGGUACAAGGCUGUUGUGAAUAGCCUUGUACCAUGUGAUCUCUGUGAUUAUUCACAGAUUUCACAUGCAGAUUUCGAAGUGACAUCUUGCUUAGUACUCUGGCCAAUCAGUGAUCACAUGAUCGGGACCUUGCCCAGAGGUCCCGUACGACGAUCGGUGUUCCACUGUGUCCGGAGGGCACAGCGGGCACCGGAUCGUGGUGCUGCGCGCUCCCAGGGAGCGCUGUUCCACUGUGUCCGGAGGAUCCCAGGGAGCGUGCACAAGCAGGGUGCGGGAAGGCCGUUUAUGAACGGCCACCCGACCCUGCACUGCCACCGUCCAGCCAUUUAUAUACAACGGCCGGACGGGAGGUGGUUA